CUGCUUCCCGCUUUGCUCCCGGCGCGCCCGGCGGGCGAGAGUACCCAAGCGAGCACCUUUGGCAAGCACUCUCAUCGGGUUUCCGCAGAGGUUUUUCGACUUUGGUCUUGUUUUACUCCUUCCUUCUCCGCCUUUUUAGCCCCGAUUAUCGGAUCUCAGAGAAACCUGUGCGUGUAUGCGGUUCGCUGGCCGCCCGUCCCGCCGCCAAGUCCGUUCGUAUGCUUUCCGCUUUCUACCUGUUCUUUUUCUGCUCUUGUGCGGCUCCCUAUUCUCGAACCGGGCAAAUGUUUUACGCUGGGCGCUACCGUCCGAUUCUCCCAGAUGACUGCUUUAUAUAGAAAGUGCUGGGCCCUACGUGAACGAGGUAGGCCUGGCUCGCCGACUCUCAUGUGCUACUGUGCGUGAAACACCACGUACCCGCCCCCGUCUACUACUAGUGUGUCGCGAUCGUGAGUGCCCGACCCCGACGUUCGCCCUCGGAAACGAUCGUCCAGCAAGCGAAAGACCGCCGCACUCCUCGGUGGGCACCGAAGAAUUCUACUGGCUCGUCGCAAUGGAAACUAGCCGGACGGAGCUGUUCCUGUGCUUCGCUUGAACUCCACCUUUCCCGUGGGAUUUUCGAAGUGCAGCCGCUGCAGUUUCUGCGGCAGGAUUUUCACAAGAUGUCUUUCGUUCGUGUCGUGACCAUGGCUUUGCCGUGCGUGUGCACAUUUACUCGCUGCUGUGCAGUCUGCAAAUGACUUUGCGUGUGUCGCAGGGUUAAUGGUUGUCUACCGAAAGGAUUCCGCCAAGGUGGAGACCGAGAUCACAGCCACCACGGCUACCCCGGCUGAAAACGAGUCGGUGACGGCGUCGGAUGAAGCCGAUACCAUGAAGGCUGGUGUCCUGCCCGGGGACGUGACUCCGCCCACUGUAGUAGGGGGCGGGGCACCCCCGCAGCAGGCACUAGUGUUCUCACCGGCUGACGUGCCACUGCCCAAGUCCGGGGUGCCGCGAGCCAUUCUGACUUGUCGGCCUAACUCGCACCCUUUUCCGGAGCGAGUGCUCAACCUCGACCAGCCUGCCAAGGUUGGCCGUUCAGUGGCACGGUGCCGGCAGGCACCCAACAAUGCCAUUUUCGACUGCAAGGUGCUCUCACGAAACCAUGCCCUUCUUUGGUAUGAAAAUGGAAAAUUUUAUCUGCAAGACACCAAAAGCAGCAAUGGUACUUUCGUCAACAACCAGCGCCUAAGCAAAGGUUCUGAGGAGUCGCCGGCCCAGGAAGUCUGCUCCGGCGACAUUGUACAGUUCGGUGUUGAUGUGGUGGAGAACUCUAGGAAAGUGACUCAUGGGUGCAUUGUGGCCACACUGCGGCUUUUCCUGCCUGAUGGGAAAGAAGCCAAAGCAAGCCCUUCCACGGCACUUAUUCCUGCUGGACCGGGGUCUUCAAUCACUACUCAGGAACUCUAUCAGCUGUCUCAGUGCAUCCAGGAGGCAUUGCACAGGGAGCAGGUUAUCCAGAACAAAAUGGCCACACUCCAGCGUGUUGUCAGCAGCACCCAAGAAGCCAGCGAGAACAACUGGAAGGCCAUGAUUGAAGAAGAUCGCCUGCUCAACCGGAUUGAAACGCUUGAAGCACAGCUACAAACGUGUGCUAAGUCGAGCACUGAUGACAAGUUGAGAGAAGAAAUAGCUCGACUACAGAAGGAGCGGGAGAGGUACGAAGAUACUGCAAAGGAGUCUUUGAAGAAAGCGUUACAGGAAAAGCUGGAAGCUCUUCGACGUGUGCAGGAGCUGGAGUACACAGCCUCCAAUAGUGAGGACGAGUGUGCUCGACUGCGAGAAGUCUACGAAGCAGCUCAGAAAGAAAUUGGUGCCCUGGCAAACCGCGCUGAUAAGCAUCAAAAGGAAAUAGUGCAGCUGCAGACCCAGCUCAAGGAAGCCGAGGAGUUAAAUCAGACGAUGACUGAGGAGAAAACUGCUCUGGAGAAUCAAAUCCAGGAACUCCAGAAAGCUGAUCAGGUUCUUGCAGCAAAAAUUGAGUCUCUUCGAGCAGACAAUGAUUUUGCUAAGGAACAGUUAUCAGCCAUGAAAGCUCGCUUUGAUCAAGUGAAGAAAGCGCAGUACAUUGAAGAUGGCUUGGAAACAUUGAAUUCUAAGGAAAACAUGCCAAACCAUGAUGACUCAAAAGAUUCUGAAGAUGUGCUCUUUGAAAAGAGCCUUGCUGAUGAAAGCAUGAAAGAGUCUCCAACACAACCAGAGAAAGAAUCUGAGCUGUCGGAAAGCAAGGAGAUGGAAAUCAACCUGAACUCCACUAUGGAGACAACUCUAAUAGAAAAAGAAAUGACACAGCGUGUGCUGUCGAAUGAACUCCAAGCUAAGGUCUGUGAACUGGAAGAGCAGCUGGAACAGCUAAUUAGCUUGGAGGAUAAAGGAAGGGAUGAGAAUCAACGUAAUGUUGAAGAGCUACAGGCUGAAAUUGCUCAACUUCGGGACACUCGUGAACUCACAAGCCUCUACGAAAGACAGCAAUCAUGCAUGUUGAUUCUCAUGCAAGAACUAUUGACUGAAUCACGUGAGAAGAUAAAUGCUGCACAGCUUGAGCUCGCUGCUAUGAAAGAAGCACAGCAGGUGGCAAGGCAGGCUGGCACGGAGGCGCUGCAACCUCCGGAGCUCUCUGAAGAUACAUCUGCACUGAUGGCUCAGCUGUCUGCAGCAUCCAAGCAGGUUCAGGACCAGGUGUGCCAGAUCGUCAGGCUGCAAGGGGAGCUGUCACAGUCUGAACAGUCGCUGAGUGAGCUACGAGAACAGUUCAAUGCACAGCGGCAACAGCUGGCUGAACAUGAGCGGCACAGGCGUUUUGGUGAAGAAGAGCUUAGCAGCUUAGAGAAUCUCCUCGAAGAGGAAAGGAAAGCCCGGAGUCGGACAGAAGCCGCGUCAGAGGCUGUAAAGAAGCAACUUCAUGAGGCCCAGAACAGUGCCAAGCAGCACCAGAAUGAAGCGGAGCAUCUAAGGAAGAAAGUGCGGACUCUCACCGAAGAACUGCGCAACCGAGCCAACGUGGAGCGGUCUCUGACUCCUAACCACACUCAGGAAUCCCUUCAGGAGGAAUGUGAAGCGCUCCGUGUUCGCCUUAGAACAGCUGAAGAGGAGGCUACCAUGCAGCGGGACGAGAACGCCAAGCUCCUCGCUGAGUGUGAGCGGUUGCAAACAAGUUGCAGCAUGCUCGGAAUGCAGUCAUCCCUGCCGUCUGUACCAGGUGACCGAGGUGACAGGGGUGAUCGGGGUGACUGGCCAGAUCAGCUGGAGAAACUGCACCAAGAGGCCCAAAGUACGAGGCAGCAGCUCCAGGAGUCUGCUGAGGAGCUGGCCCUGCUCAAAGAAAAGUACUCGGUCUGUGCCCUGGAGAAAGCACAGCUUCAGCAGGAGCUGAAGGCCGUCAGUGACGAGCGCCAGCUGCUGCUGUACCAGUCUAAGGCGACAUCGGCCUGCUCAAUAAUCCCACUGUGCAUCCUUGUGCUGGCCAUUCUGUUGGGCUUUUACCCAACGCUCUCCUACUUCACAGCCACGGCCGAGACUCCUUGAGGGCAUCGGCCACUGGUGCCAGGGCUUUCUCAAGCAAUGUUCGCGUGUGCUUCUGCCUGCCUACGUCAUUGCCAUAAGGCAACAGACAGCAUGAAGCAUCUUGAGCCUGAGUCAGCAGCGUUGUUUUUUUUCUUUUUGUUCUUCUGGUUGUGACCUUGCACAGUGAAGACACAGCUUUGAGGACAUGCUUCCCCACGGGUCCAUAGGCAGCUUCGACGUGCUCUGGUGGUGUGUGUGUGUGCGUGUGCGGGCACAUAUGUGUGCUAGUGAUUUUUGAAGCAUGCACUGACAUUGGUUGCUUUCAAAACGCUUGUCCGUCGUGCAGAAUUGGCUUGCCUACCCCACCCCUCUCCAUUGUAAGUACAAACCCUUUACUUAGGUCUCGCACUAUUAGGUUGUCCCGGCUAAUUUUUCUGUUGGUGUGGCCAUUUUCAAGCACCUUAGCGAGACCGCCAGGCGAGUUUUCAUUUGUGUAUGACAUGUUGGUGUGACUUGCUGCCACAGUGGAGACUGAUCCGUUUGUGAGGUCGGGAGGCAACGCAUUAGGCUUGAAGACCUUAAUUACACUGCGCUGGUGCAUCAUGUGAAACGUCGUAUCGCUUAUGGAAUGGACUUGCCACGCCUUAGAGGGGCCUCCAGCUUUGCUUACUUGCCUUGUGUGUAUGUACGGGCACUCUAUGUGCAAGUUUAAAUACAGUUCAUCUCUCCAUCAGAGCUGCUACCACUAUGUUGUAGGGCAUAAUUCUUGUAUUUUAAGCAUUUAAAAAGAAGCUCCUAUUUUUGUGUUGUCUAGAUGUAGGCUGCUGCAAAGAGUCUGAAGCGAACAAAAUUGCCAAAUACAAUGCUGUUAACCUGUCUCAGCCUUAGUUUUGUUUAAUGCAUACAAAAUAAUUCCUUCUGAGAUGUUUCUUAAGCGCAUUGAAUGUUAGUGCCCCGGAACCUUAUUGACGAAAUGGGACCCACUUUGUUGUCAAGGUGCUGAUGUGUUUUGUUUAUGGCAUUGCGGUUUGCUGUGUCCAGAGAUAUAGAUUUACUACUGUUUACAAAACAACUGGUGCUGUUUAUCGCUUAUGUGCAUAGAUAUUUGCACAAUCUGGCCUGAAUGGAGCAUGUGCUCGUGUAAGAAUUUGUUUGGCAGCCAUGUUCAGGGUAGAUUGUAAAUUUGAAGAAGAAACUGCAUUCACGAUUAACAGUUUACUGCCCUCUCCAUCGUGCUGUCUUAACUUUUGUUUGUAAUAUUUGCUAACAGUGUUCUGAGGCCUCGCAACAAUGCACAGAGCUCACGCUUUGAAAUAAGACUCAGAUUUGCUUGUGCUUUCAUUCAACAGGCACAUCGCAUUCAGCAUGUGAUACUUGUGUUCUCAGUGGGUUAACUUCUCCUGCGCUAAAAAUGUGAACUUACUGAAUGUACUUCACUUGCAAUUUGCAAAUUUAUAUAGGGGUUUUAAAGUCUUGCUGUAAAUUUUGCAAGCUUCAAGAACUGUUCAUUUCUUUAUACUUAUAACAGAACAAGAAUGUUGCCAGCAGUCUUUGUGGUUUUCUUUUUCUUUUCUUUUUAUUUAAACCAUGCCUCAAUUUAUGGCCUUCAUUCUGGUUGACAUAUGCCAGGUGCCUAAACAGCCUUCAGGCGUUCGGGCCCUCGCAAGUCCCUCUUCUCUAGCAGAAUUAAGCAGUGCUAUUUCAUGGAUAGGUCACACCCAUAUGUAGAUACAGAUUUGACUCCCCAAUGUGCCUGUACAUAGUAUAUUGAUCUGUAGAGACGGAAAAGGACUGUCAAGUGCCAUCAUAUUUCUCAGUGCUAUCAGUUUUUGUACAGAAAAGAAUACAAUGCACACACAGACAUGCAGUCUUGUAACAUAGAAUAACAAAGCUUUAGCACUAGCUGUGUCUUUCUUUUUUUUUUUAACUGCAGCAUUGCUUUGUACCUGGACUUGGAGGUGCAACCAUUCUCUUAGGCAUUGUGUAGUAGCAGUGUCUGUGUAUAUUGUCUGAAAAUGGCCGCCUGCUUUGGCUUAGCAGCAGCAAGCCCACCCUACUCUGCGUGCCUACAGCUUCACUUGUCUGGUUAGGUUGGUUAAGUUGGUCGAGACGGUUAAGGUUCAGUUAAGGCUUAUAGCUGUCCUGACUUUGUCAGUACAGCAAUACCUCAUCGAUUCAAAGUAUUUCAGGCCAUAAUGAUUGUAAUACUUCCUAAGCUUUAAGAUUAUCUGCGAGGAAAAGCAAAAUGGUAGUGGCAUGAAACCAUUAUAGGAAGUGUAAUGUUGAUUGAAUUCUAAGAUCUCCACUAGAGCACCCGUAAUAGUGAAGUGAUACUGUUCAAAUGCUACGUCAACCGCGAAAAUUGCAAGCCCCCUGAAGAACAAAAAAACAAAAUACUUAGUUCUAAACCGAGCCAGAGUGGCAUCAGUGCUAACCACAUGUAUUUUAUACAUUUAUAGUGCAAUGCAAUAUUUGUCCGAGUGCAUGAUCAGGUUAGCAAGCUUGGCAUAAAAGACCCUCUAAGGAGUUCCAUCAGUAAUUUCAGUGGGACAUCUGAACUGUGGGUCAUUUGAACAGAGCAAGUAGACCAGACUCCAUUUCCAAGGAGCUGUCAGAUGUACUGUCACUUUUCCUUUGCUAGAGAAUAGAUAACAUCUAUGGGUGCACAAAAAUUUAGUAUAAUAUUUCAGUCAUGUGAAAUCAGUUUUUCUCUUUUAAUAGCCAUAGAAUGUGCAAACAAUUACAAACAGCACUAAUCUAAACAGUGCAAUAACUUGUUUCUGCCUCUGCUGGAAAAUGAAGUGCAAAGCCACUGAACUGCAUUGAGAGAACCAUUGCAAUUAGUGAAUGGCUUACACCAAAUAGUUCUGAUCUUGCUGAGCUAAAUGUGCUCAUCUGUGCUGAAGCACGUUGACAUGAAGUGUAGUUGGCAAGGCUCGGCAGGUUGGGUGGGCUUGGUGCACGCCAAAGGUGAGAAUGGAAAAAAAGUUUGUGUAACGUCGCUGCUGGGCUCCCUUAGUCAGAGAAAGGGGGGACGCCUGUAGCAAAUACUGUAGACUUACUGGUUGUCAUUCCCACUACUACUUCUAGCUUCACUGCUGAAUGCAGCAGUCAGUGUGCUUUUGUUGAGAUGACCUGCUACAGGAGCUUUCAAUUAUUGCUAAUUUAUGCAAGUUAACCGAUCAUUGCCCUGUUGCAAUUUGUAAUGUUGUUGCCAAGGUUGUAUUGUUUAAGAGUGUGUUCCGUUUGUUCCGUUCUUGCCACCUUCCUCACCCUGGCAUUAGAGCUAACUUGGCCAUAGGUUGGUUAGGUAACAUAGCUUGAUGUCUGCGAAGAGGUAACUUAGCUGACACAUUUUGCCAUUUCUUUUUUGUGCGUGUGUGUCUGUGAUUUCAAUGCUUUGAAGUUGUUGUUAGUCCGUGUAUGUUGCACAUAUGUAUAUGUAUGUUCUUUUUUUUGGAACAAGAGCAGUAUUUGUGUUCCCCUUGUUUUACGUUGCCUCUUGUAAUAUAAUGUUCAUUUCCCUUCCUUGUAAAAGAUCUGCACUGAAGAGCUCAGUCUGCUUUAAAUGAAAUUGAAGCAUUAUGCUAUAAUACAGCCAGCAGAAAAGCUGAAUAAAGUUGUGUGACGAACCUGCACCAGUGUCUUAAGUGACAAGAACUGUGGAAACUUCCAAAAUUCUCUUAUCAGGCGAGGUAUGUAGGAAGUCUGUAUUAUCUCACCAACACGACAGAUAUGAUGAGUGAGCUGGCAAUGGGACUGUAACAGUCAGCUGUUGAAACUAGUUGUGACUGUUGUAUCUGUGCAGUGCAACUGGACCAGACUAGACAAUGGAAGUCUUGCAAGCUGUAGGCAAAAGUCUUGGGAGGUUAAUCCCUCUUCAUCAUACUUGGAAGCUUUCCAGACACUACACGCAUGUAGAAAAAAUAAAAUGGAAUUGUACUAAUCUUUAAAGCUCCCCACUUGCCUUAUAGAUUGUGUGUAUUGACUGCAGGUCACAUGUAGUGCAAAACCAUUAAGAGAAAGCUUUAGCUCGAGGCCAACUUCGAGUUCCCUAUUGAAAUACGUGUAUGUGAAAUGCAGAAAUGCUUUCAUUGUGUAGACCACGGGAGUAACACGCACUGGAGUUGAGUAGAGACCACCCGCUGAGAAGACGUCAGGGCCCGUGUCACGGCGCCAUUUAGUCAUGGUGUCGUUCUGCAGGCGACUAAUUAAAGUUGUUUCUCUCUCUCUC